UGUCAACUUUCCCUGAGGUCGGAGUUGGCAGCCACGGCGUGUGUGGUAGCGGCUACUACGAACGCGGAGAAAUGAGGCAGAAGCGAAAAGGAGAUCUCAGCCCUGCUGAGCUAAUGAUGCUGACCAUAGGAGACGUUAUUAAACAACUAAUUGAAGCCCAUGAACAGGGGAAAGACAUCGAUCUAAAUAAGGUGAAAACCAGGACAGCUGCCAAAUACGGCCUUUCAGCACAGCCCCGUCUGGUGGAUAUCAUCGCCGCAGUCCCACCUCAGUACCGCAAGGUUUUGGUCCCCAAGUUAAAGGCAAAGCCCAUCAGAACUGCCAGUGGGAUUGCUGUUGUGGCUGUGAUGUGCAAACCCCACAGAUGCCCACACAUCAGUUUUACAGGAAACAUAUGUGUAUACUGCCCUGGUGGACCUGAUUCAGAUUUUGAAUAUUCAACCCAGUCUUAUACUGGAUAUGAGCCAACCUCCAUGCGAGCUAUCCGAGCCAGAUAUGACCCUUAUCUGCAGACAAGACACCGAAUAGAACAGUUAAAACAACUUGGUCACAGUGUGGAUAAAGUGGAGUUUAUUGUGAUGGGUGGAACGUUUAUGGCUCUUCCAGAAGAAUACAGAGAUUAUUUUAUUCGAAAUUUACAUGAUGCCUUAUCAGGACAUACCUCCAACAAUAUUUACGAGGCAGUCAAGUAUUCUGAGAGAAGCCUCACAAAGUGCAUCGGUAUUACUAUUGAGACCAGACCGGAUUACUGUAUGAAGCGGCAUUUAAGUGACAUGCUGACCUAUGGCUGCACGAGGCUGGAGAUUGGGGUGCAGAGUGUCUAUGAAGAUGUGGCCAGAGAUACCAACAGGGGCCACACUGUGAAGGCAGUAUGCGAGUCAUUUCACCUGGCCAAGGAUUCUGGUUUCAAAGUCGUGGCUCAUAUGAUGCCUGAUCUGCCAAAUGUGGGACUAGAGAGAGACAUUGAACAGUUUACAGAGUUUUUUGAGAACCCUGCUUUUCGUCCUGAUGGUUUGAAACUCUACCCUACCCUGGUGAUUCGUGGAACUGGGCUUUAUGAGCUCUGGAAAUCAGGAAGAUAUAAAAGUUAUUCUCCUAGUGACCUGAUUGAAUUGGUGGCUCGGAUCCUUGCUCUUGUGCCUCCAUGGACUCGAGUGUACCGAGUGCAGAGAGAUAUUCCAAUGCCCUUAGUCAGCUCAGGAGUGGAGCAUGGUAAUUUGAGAGAGCUGGCUUUUGCAAGAAUGAAAGACCUUGGAAUACAGUGUCGAGAUGUGAGAACCAGAGAGGUUGGAAUCCAAGAAAUUCAUCACAAAGUACGGCCAUACCAGGUUGAAUUGGUGAGGAGAGAUUAUGUUGCAAAUGGUGGCUGGGAAACAUUCUUGUCAUAUGAAGACCCAGAUCAAGACAUUUUGAUUGGCCUCCUGAGAUUACGAAAGUGUUCAGAAGAAACGUUCCGUUUUGAGUUGGUUGGAGGUGUUUCCAUAGUUCGAGAGCUACAUGUGUAUGGAAGCGUAGUCCCUGUGAGCAGUCGCGAUCCUACUAAAUUUCAGCAUCAGGGAUUUGGCAUGCUUCUGAUGGAGGAGGCAGAAAGAAUAGCUAGAGAAGAACACGGAUCUGGGAAAAUAGCUGUUAUAUCAGGGGUCGGCACCAGGAAUUAUUACAGAAAGAUCGGCUACAGACUACAAGGGCCGUACAUGGUAAAGACGCUAAAAUAAUGGCCACACCGGCCCACCUGGAUGCAGUGUCCUCCCUGGCAGAAAAUAAAGAUUCAGGGUACCUUGAAUACUCAGCAGAGAAGCCGAGCAAAACAAAUGGACCUACCAUGCCUCCCUGGCAGGGAGCUUCACCCUCAUCCUCCAGCUGCAGAAACGGGAAACUGCCUUCAGGGCCAGGCCAGGCAUCUGCCGACCAAGCCCACCGAGCCCCUGGUGCCCAGAGCUGCGUGUUCACGCGUCAUGUAUCCAGUUUCUAAAGUCUGCAUGAAGCCUGCAAUUGACCUACCAUGACUCAUGCACAGUGACGAAAGCAGACCAACUCAUUUGGACAUCGUAAUUCAUGAAGUAAAACUAGCUAUUGUCCUUUGAAGAGUAAACUUAGGAGUAGGUUAUUUAUAUACUGUAGGGAUAGAAAGACUGGAACAUAUGAAAACUGUCAGACUUUGAUCUCUGGCGUAUGUAACAUUCGGCACAAGAAAAUGAGCUCUCGUUUUAAUGGAAAUAGUUCUGAUGCCCAGCUGAUGUCUGAGGUAACAGUGUGACGGGGAGAGAGGAAAUGAAGUUGUAGGUUUGUGUGUUAAGCCCGAAACCAGCCUUUCUCACUUGGGAGUCUCCUGUCUACUGUGGGCCAUUGCAAACACCCUUUAUUUCGCACUUUUUCUUGUCUGUACUCCCCACACUCUAGACGCUGCAGAGCACGUGGGCGGCAGCGUUUACAGACUUCCCUUUUGCAACUCCCAGUUUGCAGACUGGCCGCCUUCCGGAGGCUUCCCCCUCAUAUGUCCUGAGCGGGCAGAGUCCGACAUGCACAUGCCUGAGCUGGUGUGGCCCUAAGUCAAGGUUCGCUUCCACAGAAGCUGUUUCCUGCAUUUUCAUUCUUUAAGAUGGACUUUGGUUUGGUUUAAAUGAAAAUAAGAUAAAGAGUUCAACUCCUAUGAAAGCAAAAAAGCAGGAAACAGGCCCAAAUCUAAAAAUAGGGAAAAGAUUGGCUUUUUUCAAAGGUUUGUAUUUGAGAACUGCCUCUUUGUAACUUCCAGGAGACUCAGCCUGGAGAGGGCCAAUUCUGAGAGCAUGGCUUACCCCUGUGCCCCCUGGCUUCUGUGGCAUUUUACAGAGGUUUAUUAAAUGGAAUUGAUUCCCAUGAAAGAUUAAAAAAAAAUAAAAGCUUCAACAUACGGCGAA